AUGGGCGCCAAAUAUAUUCGGUCAAGCCCACGACAUCCGCAGGCAAAUGGUUUAAUGGAACGUUUCCACCGAACUAUGAAGGCAGCAAUUAAAUGUCAAGACAUCGAACGUUGGACCGAAGCAUUGCCAUUGGUUAUGCACGCGCUACGCAAUGUUUACAAAGACGAUAUAAAAGCAACACCGUCAGAGAUGCUAUAUGGGACGACGCUGAGAAUGCCUUGCGAUUUCUUCGAAGAAAUCGGUUACAAUAGUUCAGAAACCGAAUUUGUCAAACAAUUACGAGAAAUGAUGGACAAAGUUCGACCCGUUCCUACAUCUAACCAUGCCAACAAGAAAGUUAUCGCUCAAAAAGAUUUGCAGGCGUGCGCACAUGUUUUUCUGCGCAACGAUUUGGUUCGGAAGCCGCUAAAAACACCCUACGACGGACCUUAUGAAGUUUUAAACCGGAACGACAAAACUUUCGAAAUUAAAAUCGGAGAGCGUAAAGUUCGU